AUAGAGGCGUAGGACCCCAAUUUGAUGUGGGAAGCAAUGGAGUCGAGAACAAAUCGUAGGUCUAGACAGCGAUCUCGUUCAGCUGAUAGAGAGCACGAAAUGUCUCGCAGUAGAUCACCAGAAAGAAGAUCAAGAAAGAACAAAUCUGCAGAAAGGGACACCAGAAGACGUAGUCGGACCAGAAGCGGUAGUUCGCAUAGCAGCAGUGACUCCAGAGGCCGCCACAGAGGUGGAAGGCAAAGAAGUCCUAGCCCAGGAUCCAAAUACGGCAGCGGGAAAAGGGACCAAAAGAAGACUAAGAACAGGAGGUCUCGUGAGGACAGCAGCAGAAGUAGAAGCGUGUCGCUCUCUGGGUCAGAUUCGAGUGAUGGAGAUAAACGUGAACGAAGGCGCAACAGAAGUGUCGAUCGAAAGAGCAGGAGUCCUAGCAGAGAACGGCAGUGGAGGCACCAAGACCGAGAGAGGAGAAGUCCCGACAGAGGAGGAGGACAUAGGAGGGACGAGGCUACGGUCAAAGACAAGAGACGUGAACGAAGUAGGGAAAGUGAUGAGAGAAGUCGGGACAGAGAGAGGAGACGGCGAUCAGCAUCAGGGUCUUCUGCUUCUUCAGAGGAAGCAAAGCGUGGUGGAAGGUCGGGGUCUCAGGGCCAAUCUGCAAAUGAAGACAAGAAGAAACAAAAAGAGUUGAUGAAAGCUCUUGAAACACCCGAAGAGAAAAGGGCUAGACGCUUGGCAAAGAAAGAAGCUAAAGAGAGGAAGAAAAGAGAAAAGAUGGGUUGGAGUGAAGAAUAUAUGGGCUAUACGAAUGCAGACAACCCUUUCGGUGACAACAAUUUGCUGGGAACUUUCAAGUGGCAGAAGGCUUUGGAGAUCAAAGGAAUCGGCCACUUGAGUGAGAAAGAACUGAAGGAUAGGAACAAGCGUAUCCAAGAGGACAACCGCAGAGAAUUGCAAAAGGUGAAACAACUGCGUUUGGAGCGUGAGCGUGAGAAGGCUAUGCGUGAGCAAGAACUGGAGAUGCUGCAGAGAGAAAAGGAGGCAGAGCACUUCAAAACAUGGGCUGAGCAAGAGGACAAUUUUCACCUGCACCAGGCCAAGCUCAGGUCUAAAAUCCGCAUUCGGGAUGGUCGAGCAAAGCCCAUAGACUUGCUGGCAAAAUAUAUUAGUGCUGAGGAUGAUGACUUGGCAGUAGAGAUGCACGAGCCAUAUACCUUCCUGAACGGUCUUACUGUCACCGACAUGGACGACUUGCUGGAGGAUAUCAAGAUCUACAUGGAACUGGAGCAGGGGAAGAAUGUAGACUAUUGGAGAGACAUGACCACCAUCACAGAAGAUGAAAUCAGCAAACUGCACAAAUUAGAGGCUUCAGGCAAAGCGCCUGGCAGUGUCACUGUCAGCACAUGGGAUCGUCGUGAAGGAAUCAACACAUCUGUCAGCACUGAUGUUCAGGCCGUGUUUAGGGGGAAGACCUAUAGCCAACUGCAGGCCCUUCUCUUGAACAUAGAGUCUAAGAUCUCUGCAGGUGGCUCUAACCUGGAUAUUGGUUAUUGGGAAAGUCUGCUGCAGCAGGUUCGCGUCUAUAUGGCUCGUGCCAGGCUGAGAGAACGCCACCAGGAGGUGCUAAGGCAGAAACUCUAUAAACUGAAACAGGAGCAAGGAGUGGAGAGUGAGCCUCUCUUCCCCAUCAUCAAAGAGGAAGACGACGAAGGAGAAAUGCAGGAGGACCAGCCAACGUCAUCAGCUGAGGCGGGACCCUCGCGUAGCUCUCAGCAGCCUGAGACGGAGCCCACCGCCACCUCUCAGCCAGAUGCCCCAGAGGACGAUGACGAGGACAAAGGAGCUCAGGGAAGCAAAGGGGACCAAAGUGAGAAGGAGCCUGACGCCAAGCCAUCUACAUCUUCAUCUUCAGCAGCUGGUGGGAAGGAGAAGGCGGAAGGAGAGGCGGCUGAAGAGGCUGAGGAGGGCGGCGCGACUGAGUCCGUGCUCACUGAGGACGAUCUGAUCCAGCAGAGCCAGGCAGAGUAUGACUCCGGCCGCUACAGCCCCACGCUGCUCCAGUCCUCAGAGCUGCCGCUGGACGCGCACGUCAUCGAGCUCGAUGAGGACCUGCAUCGUCUACAUAUUGCUCGAAGGCAGUUGCAGGUCACAGGUGAUCUCAGUGAGAGUGCAGAGGAUGCGUUUGUGCGGCGCGCCAAGGAGGGCAUGGGUGCAGACGAGGCUCAGUUCAGUGUGGAGCUGCCGCUCACAGGAAAGAUGUACCUCUGGGCAGACAAGUACAGACCGCGUAAACCACGCUUCUUCAACCGAGUGCACACAGGCUUUGAGUGGAACAAAUACAACCAAACUCACUACGACUUUGACAACCCGCCGCCAAAGAUUGUGCAGGGCUACAAGUUCAACAUCUUCUACCCGGAUCUCAUCGACAAACGGUCAACGCCACAGUACUUCCUGGAGCCCAGCCCUGACAACAAGGACUUUGGCAUCCUCCGAUUCCACGCCGGACCUCCGUACGAGGAUAUCGCUUUCAAAAUCGUCAACCGUGAGUGGGAGUAUUCCCAUCGCCAUGGUUUCCGAUGCCAAUUCGCCAACGGCAUCUUCCAGUUGUGGUUCCACUUUAAAAGGUACCGUUACAGAAGAUAAAUUAUGUGGAUCACCUGAUUAUUUUAUGUAUCUCGUCCACAUAUUAGUUGGAUCUUUUUAAAACCUAACAGUUAUUUUUUGUUAACUAGCUGUUUUUUUCCAGCAAGAUGUACCAAAAUAUUAUUAUGUCUUUGAAUAAGGUUGUGCAUUGUAGCAGAAGAAUUGGAAGAUGAGGUUCUGCUCUUAGAGCUCAUAGCCUGUGCCCUUUGUAGUGGAACAUUUGUUUUCUACAUUUGUAAAUAAAGAUAGAUAACGCAUAAAUGUA